ACCUAUUCACCUACACCUACACCUACACCCACAACAUAACCUACGGACCUCCAGAUCUACCAACCUCAAGCGACCUCCAUACCGCUUAGAAACAAACCUUUCUUGCAUUCCUACAUUGCAACACAUCGUUAAAGGAUCUCGCCUACCCCCUCCUUUGUCUUUGUCUCCUCUUGAGUGCAGUAUCCACAUCUGAUAUCGACCUUCUUCCUCCACGCUCUGCGGUAUAUCUUACGUCCUUGUCUACAAUCAUCCUUCACUCAACUCGGUGGCCAUUGCAUCCUUAUUGAGAAAGCCGCCGGCUGUCAGGUUGCUGAACUGCACUUGGAUCGCUUGUCCAGAAUCGAAGUCUGCACGCCCAUUUCCCGCCACCACUCCUGGGCCUCUCAUGCAGUCGAGAUAGUAUUCCCGCAGGAACCUACACUCGGAGGGGCUCACCGCCAUGGAGCGACAUGGACUAGAUAAUGACACGAAGGGAUGGAUUAUGUGCAUUGUGAGCGGAAUAGCUUGUACCGCCGGCGCCUCCAUCAUUUACGUCGAUCUUCUCAUAUCCCGCAUAGUUCCUGGGAAAGCGAAUUUCCGCAUUCAAGAUAGCAAUGCAUUUCUCGCUUGCGCUCUGAGCUUGAGCUUCGGAGUGAUGACAUUUUCCGCCCUCUACAGCAUGCUCCCCGAGUCCAAGUCAUACCUCCUUAGCGCUGGCUACUCAGAUCAGACAGCAGGUGCCAUUAUGAUGGGAUGCUUCGUUGGCGGCUUCGUCGGGAUCCAGUUCGUUUCUCGAGUUCUGCAUCGGUACAUGCCCUCCCACGUCGUCGACUGCGAUCACACACACGAUGGACCGAAACACCACGCCAGAAGUCUUAGCCGACAACACUUCUCACUACACCACGCUGAUCGUCAUAAUUCCUCUCGGACCACCAUCCCUGACGGGCCGCCGCAUCACCACCACCACCACCACCACGAUCUUGCUAACGGCCACCCAGUCGAGACCACGCCGCUCCUCAACGCCCACACUGAAGAACGCAGCGGCGGCCGACUGGCCGCUGGCCUACAUCUUGACACGACACAAAAUACAUUGUCCAAGCCAGCCAUCAAGACCCGACCGGCCUCUGUCAACCAUCGCCCGUCCAUCACUCAAGUGCAGAAGCGCGUCAUCUCCUUUGUCAAGGACACCAAGUGCAACUGCGAUCAAGGAGGCGCCUGCUAUGGCUAUUCAGAUCCAUGUGGCCAGGAGUGUUUCAAACACGUCAGCAACCGAUCUUUGAACUCAUCCCGACCAACGUCGCUUCUGCGUACCUCCACCGGGACACCCGAUGCCCAUCGCGAUGCGCAUCCUGCUGCAGCGACCAUCGACAUGCCCAUCAGCCCCGGCAAUCGCAGCCACAGCGCGGCAUCGCGCGAUCCACCUGACACGGCCGCAGCGGGAGGAGACGAGAUGGAGACCCCAAGCAGCAGCGACUACUCUCCAGGCGACGGUGACGUCGAGGCACAACACCAUCACCACGUCCCCGCCAACGCCUUCCUCUCCCUCGGCCUCCAGACGUCCAUCGCCAUCGCCCUGCACAAAUUCCCCGAAGGCUUCAUCACCUACGCCACCAACCACGCCAGCCCUACGCUGGGCUUCAGCGUCUUCAUGGCCCUCUUCGUCCAUAACAUCACCGAGGGCUUCGCCAUGGCCCUCCCCCUAUACAUGGCUCUGGGCUCGCGCCUCCGCGCCCUCGUCUGGUCUUCCCUGCUGGGCGGCCUCUCCCAGCCCCUGGGCGCCGCUAUCGCCGUCCUCUGGUUCCGCGUUGCUCACCGCACCCACCUCUCGCCCGACGCCGUCGCCUACGCUUGCAUGUUCGCCGUUACCGCGGGCAUUAUGGUCAGUGUGGGUCUGCAGCUAUUUGCCGAGGCGCUGUGUCUCGAUCACAACCGUAACCUGUGCCUCCUCUUUGGGUUCCUCGGCAUGGCGUUGCUUGGUGUAAGCAGCGCCAUCGCGUCUCAAUGAUGACUUUUUCUCGCAUAGGGUUGGAAAAAGGCGGGGGUUUUCGGAGAACCUGGACCGUUUUCUGGACGUUUGUUUUGUCCUUCAUUAGCUCUGAGACUGCGCAUGCGAAGGAGUGGCAUAUACAUUUUCUUUUCCCUUUUUCCUUCUUCACUUUUUUGGCUUUGGCAAUCUUAUGACACGUUCAAGGAAGGGACGGUUCUUGACGAGGGAUAAGGCAAAUAUGGAUAGGCUUUUUAUGAAGCAGGUUCUCCGGCAUAUAGAUAGUGGAGUUUAGGUGCUCGCAUUGUGGACGUGGGUUUUAUCAUGUAGGAAAUGAACUUUUGGGUAGCUCUGACGAAAACGAGCAUACAAAAAAAAUGUAGACCAAGUAGCAACUAAUGAACAUCCUUAGGUUGAUAUAUCAGGG